AACAGUUUACUGCAGGACGCAUGGUCUAGGACAUGGGCGUUCAGGCGCAGUAACAGGUUUAGGCGCUCUUUAUGUUGCCAUUAUAAUGAAUUUAUAAUACAGCAACAUGCCCAACGUGCCAGUUUUGGUAUUUGGGAUUUUUAAAAUGUAAAAUAAUCUACUGGGCUGUGUUUUUGCUCAUCGAUUAGCUGUAAUUUUACUGCACUUGUGAAAGUGAAAGUAAAAGCUUCUGACGGAGGAGGAAAAGGAAAGACUAAAGAGUUCGCUGUGAACUCCUUGAAUAUGAGCUCCAGUCCAAGCAGCUGACCCAACAGAGUGUCUGGUAUUUGACCUAAUCUCCUCAAAAAGGUUCAUGAUGGCAGACCCUGCUUCAGCCUCUGUAUGGCCUGCAUACGGCGCUCUCCUUUUCCUGGACCUGAUCCUCUGGCUCACCCUGUUUACGGCACUUCUGUGGUCUCAGUGUGCUUUCUUCGUGAACCUGACAUGGCUGUGGGUUUUCAGGGCUUUCAGCUGGGUUCUGCUUCACACAGUCAGUUCAGCAACCCUGCACAAGACCAUACACAAUCUUCUGAAGCCCUGGGUAGCAUUAUUGUGUUUUCUACCUCCUGUAUAUGAUAUGGUGCAAACACUAGUUCCGAGAGGAGGGUGUGCCUUUAGUCCAGUGCCUGUGCCUGUCAUGGUGGCUUUAAGUGCAGUGACUGGCACUCUGAUCCAUCUGAUGUGGGACAAGGCAUUCCCGAGUAAAAAAGUGAAGAAGGAGCAAGAGGCCAAGGUCCUCAUGAUGAGAGUGAUUCGCUACUCGAAACCAGACUACCUUCAUCUAGCUGCUGCCUUCUUCUUCCUCAUCUUAGCUGCAUUAUUUGAGUCAAGUAUUCCGUACUACGUGGGGAAAAUCGUAGAUGGUUUGAGUGGAGAGUACAAGCAUGACAGCUUCUUGUGGGCCAUUGCAUGCAUGUCGUUCUACUCUUUUGGAAGCUCUAUGUUCACUGGCUUGAGAGGAGGCAUGUUCAUGUGUAGCCUGAGCAGACUAAACAAGAGAAUUCGGCACAUGCUUUUUCAGAACCUGCUGAAACAGGACAUAAUCUUCUUUGAAGAAAAUAAACCAGGAAGCUUGACGUCUCGGCUGGUCUCGGACACUGAUAAGAUGGGUCGCUCUAUAGCCAUGAAUGUGAAUGUGCUCCUGAGGAGUCUGGUUAAGACAUGUGGCAUGCUUGUGCAGAUGCUCAGCCUGUCCUGGCAGCUCACUCUCCUUACCUUUGUGGAGAUGCCUCUCCUCGCUGUGCUACAGAACUUUUACAACAUUCACUAUCAGAAAACUUCACGGGAGCUGCAGAACUCCAUGGCUGAAAUCGAGCAGCUGGCAACUUCUGUAAUCAGGUCUGUAAAGAUGGUGCGCAGCUUCAGGGCUGAGGCUGAGGAGCUAAAGAGAUACCAGGAGACUCUGGAUAGGAAACUUCAGAUACUGAAACGCAAGGGCAUUUUCAGUGCAGUCCACCUGCUUCUUCGCAGAUGUUUAACGUUAGGCCUGAGGGUGGCGAUGCUGCUUCUUGGUCACCGCCUCAUCUCCUCGGGUCAGCUGAGCAGUGGGAGUAUUCUGGCUUUUGUGCUGUAUCAGAAAGACAUGUCGAGCAACAUGAGGCAACUGGUGUAUGUCUAUGGAGACAUUCUGAACACGGUGUGGUCAGCAGAGAAGGUGUUUAUGCUGCUGGACAGAAAACCAAAGAUGAAAGAAGCAGGUGAUUUGGUACCUGAGAAUCUGGAAGGGAGAAUUACUUUUGAUAACGUCACCCUGUCUUACCCGUCCCGUCCUGAAAGCAAAGCACUUGAGUCUGUGAGUUUAGAGCUCAGUCCUGGGAAGAUGACUGCAUUGGUUGGCCCUUCCGGUGGAGGUAAAUCUUCCUGUGUCAGUCUGCUGCAGAGGUUUUAUGAGCCUCAGCAGGGUCAAGUGCUACUGGACAACAAACCACUUAAUGAGUACCAACACCAGUACUUGUGCAGCCAGAUGGCAGCUGUGUCCCAGAACCCAGUGCUGUUCUCCGGCUCUGUGAAAUAUAACAUUGCAUACGGCCUACGUGGUUGCACCAUAGAGCAGGUGAAGGAGGCUGCUAAGAAAGCCAGUGCACAUGAGUUUAUAUGCAAAAUGGACGAAGGCUAUGACACAGAUGUUGGAGAGUCUGGAAGAAAUCUAUCCUCAGGCCAGAAGCAGUGUAUUGCUAUAGCCAGAGUGUUGACCCGAAAACCAAAAAUCCUCAUUUUGGAUGAAGCUACUAGCAACUUGGACAUCAACACUCAGCACACGAUUCAGAAAGUCCUCUCCGGCUCAAAAGGUCAGACAGUGCUGGUGAUCGCUCAUCGUCUGAAGACUAUCGAGAGAGCUGAUCAGAUCAUCUAUAUGGAAGGCGGGAAGGUCAAGGAGCAAGGAACGCACGAGCAGCUCAUGGCCCAAAAAGGACUUUAUUUCCAUCUUAGGGAAAAACUGUUUACAAUGGAUUCAGAGAAAGACUGAGCAGAUUCAUUACCAUUAAGUGUGAAUUUGCAAAUAUCAAAUUUAUAUGGAAGUACUGAGAUGAAUUUAAAAUAAUGAUUUUAACAUUAUGGGUGUAUAUUCUCCUACUGAGUCUUUUAUACUUUAAGGUACACAGAAUUUAUCAGAGGUGGACAAAAAAAGGUCCACCUCUUUUCAUUGAGGCCAAUUUGCAUUUUUGUUGUUCAUAUAAAAUCAGGAAAAACAUAUGAAUCAGCAUGAACAAGAAUUAACACAAAAAAUAACCACACAAUAAUUCGUUUUUAUGAUUAUAUUGUAACACAAUAUACAAAGAGCCCACUAAUGUAGUCUGCUAUUCAAGGUUCUUUUUAUAUUGUCCUUUAAUUCACAACACUUUAAUUCUUUAAUGUUUUAUUUAAUGUAACACUCCUCUUCUUUUUUAUGUGUGGAUUGAAUCAACUUUGUAGUGUAACAUCCAUUAAAAAAAAGAAGAAGAAAAAAAAAAAGUUUAAGUUCCUCAAUAUUGGGGAAACUCAAUGCCAUAUUUUUGCUGCUUAUGGUCUAAAAAUCCCUAAAGUGUUGGUUUCUAUAACCAUAUUUUCUUUUGCGAGAUGGCAAAUGCGCUCUCUCUCUCUUAAGAACCAUAAGACUUUUGUACUGAAAGUAAAAACAUCAAGUUGCGAUGAUUGUAAUGUUUUCAGAAAAAGAGACGAGAUUAUGAUUUGUCCGCCUCUGAAAGCUUCAAGAUUGUUACCAUUAAUGAAUCAUAAACCAUCAGCAUCGGUGCUGUGUUUCUUCAGCUCGGAUGUUACAGGAAGCUGAUCAUGUUUGUGUAUUUUUCUACUAGUUUAUAACAAGGUUUAUAAGGUUUUAAGGUUCAAACAGCAAGGUUUGUAUUCUCAUUGUUUCAAAUCAUGCCAAAUCAGCAUAAGACUGGUUGUGUUAGCUUUUGUUACAGCAUUUACGAGUCACAAUCCUACAUUCUGUUUUAUGUAAUGAUCUAUAAUUUGUCAUUUGUUUAAUGCAUGAUUUUUUUUGCAGCACAGUUAUAUUUAGGUUGGAUCUUCUGGAAGUAAACAAAACAUUUAUGGAUUAUACCGAUAUUGUAUUAAAACCCAGAGAUGUUUAAAUGAGUGUGAACAAAAAAUAAAAACUGUUCAAGACCA